CAGGCCGCGCGCGGGCCGCCGGGCCCGAGGCCGGAGCCAUGGGCGAGACCAAGAUCAUCUACCACCUGGACGGACAGGAGACGCCGUACCUGGUGAAGCUGCCCCUGCCCGCCGAGCGCGUCACCUUGGCGGACUUUAAGGGCGUCCUGCAGCGCCCCAGCUAUAAGUUCUUCUUCAAGUCUAUGGACGACGAUUUCGGGGUGGUGAAGGAGGAAAUCUCAGAUGACAAUGCCAAGCUUCCCUGCUUCAAUGGCCGGGUGGUAUCCUGGCUGGUGUCAGCUGAGGGCUCACACCCAGAGCCAGCGCCCUUCUGUGCCGACAACCCUUCAGAGCUGCCACCGCCCUUGGAGCGCACGGGAGGCAUCGGGGACUCCCGGCCCCCGUCCUUCCACCCUCACGCUGGUGGGGGCAGCCAGGAGAACCUGGACAAUGACACAGAGACAGACUCCUUGGUGUCUGCCCAACGAGAGCGGCCACGCCGGAGGGACGGCCCAGAGCACACAACCCGGCUAAAUGGAACCGCCAAGGGGGAGCGGCGGCGAGAGCCAGGGGGCUAUGACAGCUCAUCCACCCUUAUGAGCAGCGAGUUGGAGACCACCAGCUUCUUUGAUUCAGAUGAGGAUGACUCCACCAGCAGGUUCAGCAGUUCCACGGAACAGAGCAGUGCCUCACGCCUGAUGAGAAGACACAAGCGGCGGCGGCGGAAGCAGAAAGUGUCGAGGAUUGAGCGGUCCUCGUCCUUCAGCAGCAUCACGGAUUCCACCAUGUCCCUCAACAUCAUCACGGUCACUCUCAACAUGGAAAAGUAUAACUUCUUGGGCAUCUCCAUUGUGGGCCAAAGCAACGAGCGUGGUGACGGAGGCAUCUACAUCGGCUCUAUCAUGAAGGGUGGGGCCGUGGCUGCCGAUGGACGCAUAGAGCCGGGAGAUAUGCUGUUACAGGUAAAUGAAAUCAACUUUGAGAACAUGAGUAAUGACGAUGCCGUCCGAGUGCUGCGGGAGAUUGUGCACAAGCCAGGGCCCAUCACCCUGACUGUAGCCAAGUGCUGGGACCCAAGUCCACGUGGUUGCUUCACACUGCCCAGGAGCGAGCCCAUCCGGCCCAUUGACCCUGCUGCCUGGGUCUCCCACACUGCAGCCAUGACCGGCACCUUCCCUGCCUACGGCAUGAGCCCCUCCCUGAGCACCAUCACCUCCACCAGCUCCUCCAUCACCAGUUCCAUUCCUGACACAGAGCGCCUAGAUGACUUCCACCUGUCCAUCCACAGUGACAUGGCAGCCAUCGUAAAAGCCAUGGCCUCCCCUGAAUCCGGGCUGGAGGUCCGUGACCGCAUGUGGCUCAAGAUUACCAUCCCCAACGCUUUCAUCGGCUCGGAUGUGGUGGACUGGCUGUACCACAAUGUGGAAGGCUUCACUGACCGGCGGGAGGCCCGCAAGUAUGCCAGCAACCUGCUGAAAGCUGGCUUCAUCCGCCACACCGUCAACAAGAUCACCUUCUCCGAGCAGUGCUACUAUAUCUUCGGUGACCUCUGCGGUAAUAUGGCUAACCUGUCCCUCCAUGAUCAUGACGGCUCCAGUGGCGCCUCAGACCAGGACACGCUGGCCCCUUUGCCACACCCGGGGGCUGCCCCUUGGCCCAUGGCCUUCCCUUACCAGUACCCACCACCUCCACACCCCUACAAUCCGCAUCCAGGUUUCCCUGAGUUGGGGUACAGCUAUGGUGGAGGCAGCGCCAGCAGUCAACACAGCGAAGGCAGCCGGAGCAGUGGGUCCAACCGCAGUGGCAGUGACCGGCGGAAGGAGAAGGACCCGAAGGCCGGGGACUCGAAGUCAGGUGGCAGUGGCAGUGAGUCGGAUCACACAACCCGCAGCAGCCUGCGGGGGCCACGAGAGCGGGCACCCAGCGAGCGCUCGGGUCCCGCAGCCAGUGAGCACAGCCACCGAAGUCACCACUCACUGGCCAGCAGCCUGCGCAGCCACCACACUCACCCAAGCUAUGGCCCCCCUGGUGUUCCCCCUCUCUACGGCCCCCCCAUGCUGAUGAUGCCCCCACCGCCUGCAGCCAUGGGGCCCCCAGGAGCCCCUCCGGGCCGCGACCUGGCCUCCGUGCCCCCCGAACUGACCGCCAGCAGACAGUCUUUCCGCAUGGCCAUGGGAAACCCCACCAAGAAUUUCGGGCUGUUUGACUUUCUGUGAACCCCCAGCAAGGGGAGGCCCAGCCUCGGAGGAGACCAGGAACCCUGCUUCAGCAGCCCCUCAGGGCUUCCCAAGGAUAUUCAGCCCCCACACCCACACUUCAAUAUGUUGAGUCACUAGACUUCUGGGGAGGACCCCAGUUUCUCAUUCAUCUGUAAGACUCUAUUCCCCUUUCCAGAGAGUGCCUGCUGUUCAUUAGCUUGCUUGCUCUCUCUCAAAUGGGUGUGCACACACACACACGUACACACACGUGCCUAUGCAAAUUUGCUUAAGUCUCAGGGCUGGUCCCUGCACAGAGGGCUGGACCCUCUCUCAGUCCUCUCCCUGUUAUGGGGCUGGUCCCCUGACUUCCCUUUUCCCUUCCUCAGAGCCUCAAGCCUCCCACACACAUCCCCAUCAUCUUCCUACUAGAAUAAAGCUCAUGAGCUGGGUCUCAGGCUGGACUCAGCAGAGGAUUCCCCAGAAAAUUGAAGAGGCUACUCUCACUUUUAUCCCCAAACACCAUCCCUUUCCCUGUUUUCACAAUCACCAUGUUAGCCCAUAGCAAGAUUGGGCAGAGGGACUUGUGGAACUUUCAGACAGAGUGCAUGUUUUCUUUAUCUUACUCUCCACUUGAAACAAAUCAGGUGACUUUCUCUUUAAGCCUCGUUCUAUAAAUUGACUUACCUACGUUCCCAUAUUUUCAGGACUGGGUUGUUAUGUGAAAUGAAGUCCUAAGCAAAAUACUGGCAUUCAUUCAUUUAACAAAUAUUUCCUGGGUUUUGGGUGAGUGAGGGCUUUGUUGGAAGUAUGACUCAGUUUUACCUGCCUUCUAGGAUCUCUGGAUUUGCUACCAAACCAGAUCAUGGCUUCCUCUACAGGGCUGCCUCCUGUUCUCUUCCUUCUCUGACUCUGCCAGACUCUCUUGAGAAUUCCUCCACUAUUGUUCAUGCCUCCAGUGUUGGUGCUCCCAGUGUUCUAUCUCUAGUUCACUUCUCUAUUUACUCCCCAAAUGUUGUCAUCCAUCCUUAUGUCCUCACCUACCACUGACAUGCUGUUGAUUACCAUAUAUAUAUAUAUAUACACAUAUAUGUAUAUAUACACACAAAUACAUAUAUAUAUAUAUAUAUAUAUAUAUAUCUCCAGUCCUGACUUAUCUGCAAUCUUUAGAGCUGUAUUUUUAUCAUCCACUGAACAUCUUAUAUAUGUCCACAGGGACUCAGCUCAUUUUCCCCUAACAAGUGUGGUUAUCCUGAAUUCUAAUCCUGAUAACCUUCAUCACAACCUACAUAGACUUAUCAUCUACAAACAUUUAUGGGCUUAAAAUUCCUUAUUUGCAUCUUCUCUCCAUUCCACUCCAAUAAUCCUCUCAAUUUGGCCCUUCCUCUCUUCUCUAGUUCACUGGAGCAUAGGAUUUGAAGUCAGGUUGUUCUGGGUUUGAAUCCCAGCUCUGCUUUUUGAUUGCGUGAUAGGAGAGUUAUUUAAUCUCUCUGAGCCUCAGUUCCCUCAUAUGUAAAAUGACAAUAAUAAUACCUACCUCACAGGGUUGUUGUGAGGAUUUAAAUUAGAUAUUGUACGAGAAGUGCCUAGCACAGUGCCUGGCACACAGUAGAAUAGGUGCUCAAUAAAUGGUAGCUAUUAUUCUUAUUUUUAUUAUUAUUGCUAUCAACUCUAAAUUGGUAAGGGUUUAGGAUAUGUACUGAAGAUAAAGCUUUUGGAAAGGUUGAGUGAAGCCUUGAGUACUGCUUCAGUGAUUAGAAAUGACUGUGUCCCCUCACUUAAUUGCGUCAAACUGUGACCACGGACUGAAGAAAGCUUCCACAUCCUGGCUUCUGGCAGGAGGAUGGUAGGGACAGUAAGAUUUGCAACUAGGUUUGGCCCUUCUUACCCUCCCUGUCAUGAAGAGCUCACUCCUGCCCAGGGAAGGCAACAAAGUAUCUGCCUACAGGAAGAAAGAAGCCAACAGAUUUCUGGAGAUAAAACAGCCCUGUGUCCUCUUCUUAAACGCUGAGGUUAACUCUGUUCAUCAGAGAGGGAAUUUCAAAUACCAUGUCCAAUUAAAUUCGACUUGCCAAAGGCUUUCUAAAGGAUAUAAAAGUCACUAGAAGGGACACAGGUCCUUGAGGAGCUCAUCAAGUAGGUACAUACAGGUGAAGUGGAACACACAUUCAUACAAAACUUUAGCUAGUUUCUUUCAAGUAUCUCCCUCCUUACUUCCUGUCCUCCUUGGGUCUUGAUCCCUAGAAAAAGACUCAACUCUGGAACAAUUACAAUGACUAAAGCUUGGGAGAAUCAGAGGUGGUCUUAGGAAGCAGUUAAGUUGAACACAAACACUUCUUUCAGCCAAGUGGUCUGUGUGUAAAGUUUGGACAGCUAGUCCUCGGACUCCAAAGACAGAAAAGGCCUGCAGUAAGCCAAGGAUUAACAUGCUGGUUUCCAAAUAGCACUAACCCUCCCAGGCUCUCGGGAACACUGAAUUAAGAACAGGAGGGGUUGCAGAGACUACAAUUCCCAGAAU